AUGUCGAUUGGCGUUCCCAUCAAGCUUCUUCAUGAAGCACAAGGUCACAUCAUUACCCUGGAGCUGAAAACGGGUCAACUAUACCGAGGAAAGCUUUUGGAAGCUGAAGACAACAUGAAUAUUCAGCUCAAAGAAAUUACGGUCACAGCGCGCGAUGGACGAGUAUCACAGUUAGAUCAGGUCUACAUUCGUGGAUCUCACGUUCGUUUCUUCAUCGUUCCCGAUAUGUUGAAGAAUGCGCCCAUGUUUAAACGAGUUGGACCGGGAGCAUUAAAGGGUCGAGGCAUCGGUUUGGGACGAGGAAGGGCUACGGUGGCACGCGCACAAGGUAACUUUUUAAAUCAUUUUGAUUCAAAGCAUAAAAAGACUCAUUGUCAUGCAUGA